UACGGGGUUGCUAAAAUUAGUGACAUAUACCUAAAAUGCGAAAUACACGACAUUUCCUCGAAGUUGUCAAUAUGGUCCACAAUCGGUUAAUUUGGAACUUCUGAGGCCCUGAAACGAGAAAUGAGAUUUUUCAGAACCGAAUUUCAACCACUUCAAUCGACCCGGAUUUGAAACUGGUGAAAGACCGUGCCGAACCAAGACUUAUUAUUGUUCAACGCAAAGUUCCGACCAACUACAAAAUUGCAGCGCAGCCGUUCAUGAACGAAGCCGGCCGACUAGAAGUCCCUCUCAAUAUCCCUUCCACGCUUACCCCCGUCGGUUAUAUAAAAAUGAAGCUUCAAAUGGCCCUGGCACAGGAAGAAUAUCAGGAGUUACAAGAACAACUUUUGAAGGACAAACUCCUAUGGUGUGAUCCUGAUUUUCCGGCAGACGAGAGUUCGAUUGGAGAUCUUCCAGAAUUAAAAGACCGGAUCAUUUGGAAGCGCGUCAGAGAUAUCAACCCACAUGCUAGAUUCUUCGUGGAUGGACCAGCUCGUUGUGAUAUUAAACAAGGAGCACUAGGUGAUUGCUGGCUACUGGCGGUCCUAUCAUCCAUAUGUUGCUAUCCGAUCUUGAUAAACCAAGUAGUACCACCUGAGCAAGAGGUCGACCUACCUGAUUAUGUUGGAAUUUUUCGGGCUCGUUUCUGGCGUUUCGGACGGUGGAUCGAGGUUAUGGUGGAUGAUCGACUACCAGUGUACAAACAUUCGAAUCGCCUGGUUUUCAUGUCUUCACCGACCAACAACGAAUAUUGGUCUGCAUUGUGCGAGAAAGCCUAUGCAAAACUAAACGGCUCCUAUGCGAGUUUGAACGGUGGUCUACAAAGUGAAGCGAUGGAAGAUUGUACCGGUGGUUUAGCCGAAACGAUUUAUUUGGAUGAACGUCGGAGGCCACCGGACCUACUACGCAUGAUGCAACUUAACUCGAAACGUUGCGUUGUUAUGGGGUGCAGUAUACGGUCAGAAUCAGGAGAGCAGAAGCUUAAGAACGGACUCUUCGCGGGACACGCCUACGGAGUGACUGGAAUAGCAUCCGUUCUCUAUCAUGGCGAUGUCCAGCACCUUGUUCGGUGCCGAAGCCCAUGGGCCGACUGUCAAGAAUGGCGUGGGCCCUGGUCAGACAGAUCUCCGGAAUGGGAAGGUGUGAGUGAGGCGGACAAGUCCAGUCUACAAGUUCAGUUUCAAAAUGACGGUGAAUUUUGGAUGUCCUUUGAGGACUUCACGAAGAAUUUUACAUCCAUGGAAAUGUGCCAUCUAGGCUUUUCAAGUCUAGAACCACAUGCGAAGCUCAAAGGCCGGCGACGUUUGGAAGAGGUCAUUUAUCCCGGAUCCUGGAAGAGGAAUGUCAAUGCCGGUGGAUGUGGCAACUAUCUUGACACGUUUGUGACAAACCCGCAGUUCAUCAUCGAAGUUACUGCACCGGAUCUUGACGAUAGUCAGUAUGUGUGCAACGUUGUCAUUGGCUUGAUGCAGAAACCGUUAGGACAAGAGGCGAGAGGAAACUAUCAUUACAUUGGUUUUGCAGUGUACGCGGUUUCACCCGCUCAAGCAGUCCCGGUGACCCGAUUCUUUGUUCAACGUACACGGCCCCUGAAAACUCCUCACUUUGCAGACGUGCGUGAAGUAACAGAACGCUUCAAGGUUCCUCCCGGUCGCUACAUAAUCAUUCCAAGUACGCAUAAGCCCAACGAAGAGGCGGAUUUCAUAGUCAGAAUUAUCACGCAACACGGAAUUAGACACAGAAUGCUGGAUAAUCAAAACGCCGAAGUUGCACAACCACCGGAAAUCAGACAAUCGGUCCAGCUACAAUCCGCGAUCAAUAAAGAAGACUGUUGGUUGACGAAAAGGUUUGAGGAAGUCUGUGACCAAGAAAGUCAUUCAGUCCAUGCAGGGCAACUUCAAAAGAUUAUUAACGAAAGCCCUUUGCGAGAUCUUCCCACUUUUCAGCCGUUCUCGCUUGAAGUUUGUCGAAGUCUCAGCAACCAUUCAGGUAGAAUGGAACUUUCAGAACUACUGGAAUUUUGGAAUCGCAUCGAACAAUGGAAGCACGCCUAUCUGAUGAUCGAAGAAAGCCUGAGUGGCGGGCUGACUGCCUGCCAGUUACGUGAAACAUUACAACUUGCCGGUUUUCAACUUAGCAAUCUGGUGCUGAAUUCAAUUUCACUCCGAUAUGUGCAUCCACAAACAGGCCUCGUAACCUUUGAGGACUUCAUUCACUGCUGUGCACGAUUAAAGGCUGCCUUCGAAACAUUUGACGCGCAUCCGAAAAACCACAGUGGGGAAGCUGUCUUCACUCAAGAAGAUUUCCUACGAAUGACUACUUAUCCUUGAGCAUAAGAAAUAUUCCA